AUGGAACUAAUGAGUUCUCUGUUGUUAUGUGCACUAGCGACGGUUGUGCCGCAAGCGUUUGGUAAGAUUCUUUACCUUAUUUUGUUUAUAGGCAAGAAUGAUAUCAAGUCUAUUCAUAAAACUGGAGGUAAUGUGUCUACCAUUUUAAAAAAUACAUCUUUAUUAAAUAAAGAUCACGUUCUAAACACGAAAACCCCUUCAUCAAAUAAAGUAGGCGACUUGCAACCUGUUUUUAUGGAUGUUAAUUGCAAAAGUUGUAUAGAGUGUAUGCAGAGGGCGAUAAAAUCUCAUAAAACGUACAAAAACAUAAAAGUCGACGGUGAAAAUUUCCACGACGAAUUAUUUAAUCGUGAAAGAAAUAUACGCGAUAAGAGAAAAUCGAACGAUAGCGUACAAGGAAAAUUUGACAAGAAAACGAAAAAAACAAAAUCUGUAAGUAUAACCAAAUAUAAUGAAAAAGAAAGAAUAUAUGCUCUGAAAGUAAUGGAACCAAAAACGCAAGUGUCGUCGAACUUACGUGAUAAAAACAAAACAAUGACAUGCCAAAUUUACAGUGUUAAAAAAUCGUUUCCUUGUGAAUCCCCGGAAGCUGAUUUAUUUUUGAAAGAGUCGAAGAAGAAAAUAAAUAAAAGAAAUAAAAAGGAAAAUAAAAGAGAAAAGGAUGUGUCCGCUGUAAAAACGACAGUAUUUAGAAAACGUCAAAUAGACGAAUCACAAGCUCCUGAACAAAUAAUGCCUUCUAUAGAAGAAUUUUAUUAG